AAGCCACAAGUUUUUUGUCUUUUGUAUUAACACUGGUAAUAAAAUGGGCAUGAAACGUGUGGAAUGCAAGAAUGUUCUUUAGUUUUCAUCACCUUCCGUUUCUAUUUUGAUUAAUUAUUAUAUAAUGUUAUUUACAUGUUGUUAUUUAUUUGAGUAUUAAUAUUAGUUCCAAUCAAAUACAUGUAUCAUUCAAAGGGUCGUCGAGUGGUAGAAUUGGGUGUGCUAGCAGCACAUCUACAGAAAGGAUGCAAGAAAUGUGGGGCUGUAUUACAUCUUUGGGAUUGUAUUCAAGAGAGGCAUUAUGGCCUUGGAAGUAUCUUGUACAUAAAGUGUACCAUUUGCAGUUACAUUUCAAACAUUCCCAUAGGAAAACGACAUGAAAAAAACAUUUGGGAUAUGAACACAAAGCUUGGUGCAGGUAUUGCCAACAGUGGAAUAGGGUUUUCUGUUUUACAAAUGUUAUUUGCUUCAUUGAAUAUCCCUGGUGUAGCAGCUGGAACAGUAAAGAAAAGAGACAGAGAAGCAGGAAAGGCCAUCGAAUCUGUUGCCCAAAAAAGUUGCAAUGAUGCUCUUGAUGAAGAAUUAAAAAUGAAUGAUGGAAAAGUUGAAAUAAGAGUUGCAGCUGAUGCUGGAUGGCAAACUAGAUCUAGUGGGAGAAAAUAUAACAGCUAUUCAGGUCACAGUGUACUAAUAGGUGAUAAAUCUGGGAAGAUAUUGCGAUAUGAUUAUAGAUGCAGAAAAUGCAGACUAUGUGAAAAUGCAAAAAGAAAAGGCAUUCAGCCCAUUGACCAUGAUUGCAGAAAGAAUUGGGAUGGCUCAGCCAAAGCUAUGGAGCCAGACAUGAUUGUGGGCAUGUUGAAAGACUUGGAAAAAGAGAAUAUUCAUCCUCAUGAAUUAGUAAUGGAUGAUGAUAGUACCGCCAUUUCACGGGCAAGGAAAAAAUGUGAUCAAACUAUUACAAAAUUCAGUGACAGAAACCACCUAAAGAAAACAUUUUCAAAUAAACUAUAUGAUUUGCAAAGAGUAAAAAAGUAUCAACAACUGAGAGGAAAAACCAUAACACAUCUAAAGAAAUGUUUUUCUUAUGUGCUUGCCCAGCACCAGAAAAAGCCUGAAGAGUUGAAAAAAUCUUUAUUGUGUAUUAUUCCUCAUAUGUAUGGAGACCAUCUGGCAUGCCCUUCAUGGUGUAAAUAUAAGCGGAAUCCUGCAAAUUACAUUCCACGGAAUCUUCCAUACAGCAGGUAUCUAACAUGCCUAGAGUUGAAAAAGGAUUUGGAAGCAAUUAUUCAGACAUAUGCUCAACAAGCUGAAAAACUAUCUGAUCUGGGAUCCACACAAGCGUGCGAAAGUUUUAAUCACAUUGUUGCCUCAAAACAUCCAAAGAACCUCUACCUGUCAGGAUCAGAAAGUACAAGUUUCAGAAUUGCUGCAGCUGUUGCACAGAAAAACAUUGGAAAGUCUUAUAUACAAGAACUAGGUCAAUGACCAAUUGAAUAUGUCACCUGGAACCUAUACUGAAAUGGCGGUUGAAAAGAUGGACAGAAAGAGAAAGUUACAGAAGAUUAGACAGAGUAGUGCAGAGUACAAGAAAAGGAGAUGUGAAAUUAGGAAAUCCUCAAGUCAAGAUCAGGGUAGUAAAGAAGUGCGUGAAGGAAAAACGUAUGAAGCAUCAGUUGGACUAGAGGAAAUGGAUGAGGAUCAGGACAUCAAUUCCAUUCCAAGUGCCUCUGUUGAACCAGAGAGAAUACCAGUAACAAAUACCGAUUGCACACUUGUUUACUUUGACCUAGAAGCAACAGGUUUAGGUUCAUAAUCAGAAAUAUUGGAAAUAGGAGCUGCAAGAGGACAUGACAUCUUUCAGAAGUACAUAAAACCCAAUGGUACAAUAUCUGCAAAGGCAACUUGUGUGACUGGUCUACAUAUGAUUGACACUGAACUAUACUACAGAGAUCAAGAACUUACAACAACAGACUUGAAAUCAGCACUCCAAAAGUUUUCAGAGUGGCUAUCGGACACAAAUUCUAAUAUUCUUGUAAGCCACAAUGGAUUCCGGUUUGACUUUCCAUUAUUUAUGCAAAGCAUUACAUCACAAAAUAUUGUUAUGAAUACAUGUAUUGCCGGUUUUAUAGACACUUUGGAGGUUUUUAAAAAUUCUAAUGUAAAGACACAAACUGGCAGCUUUUCUCGGGAGUCUCUUUUGAGAGAAGCAGGUAUCCAAUCGACAGGAGUUUCUCAUUGUGCCCUAACGGAUGCUAUGGACCUACAAAAUUUAGUGAUUUUUCAUAACUCUGUUGAGGCAAAGUGCAGUUUACAAUUAUGUUUUACAGCAUCAAACAUUUUCUCUAGUAAAGAAUGACAAUUUGAAAUCUCUUGAAGUCUUAGUUCAGGGAAAACUUAUUAGAAUUCAUGGCAAAUAAAAUUGCAAAAUCAGGUUUAAAUAUGAAAUAUAUUAAAUUAGCACACUCAAGAAAUGGUGAAGAUGGAGUAAAAAACUUGUUUCAAGAAAUUGUAAAUGGAAAAGCAAGAGUUACAAAAUGUAAGAAAAUAAUCAAUUCAGUGUCCAAUUAUUUAUCUAGUCAGUUGUAAAGAGUUACCUCCCUUUGUUUUUCAUAAUUGUAAAUAUAUUAUUUCAUUUUUUAUCUCUCUUAUAUACCUGGCUCCACCAUGUAAGAUAUGAAUUUUUGUACACCAUAUGGCCAAACCUUUGUUUUUAUUUUUAGAAAAUUUCAGAAAUUUCAUAUUUAAAAAAGAUAUGUGUGAUUAUCAUUUCAUUUUUCAUAAUCUGUUGUAUGAAAUGUCAAAUAUUUCUGAAUUUGUCAUUG